CGCUAGGCCGCGGGCGGUGAGGCGCCGCCGCAGGCCCGGCUCCGGCAGGCCCGUGCCCGGGACGCCGCUGGGCGGCCCCGGCCGGCCGGCCGGCAGGCAAGAGGCGGCCGCAGGCCCCGCCUCUCCCCGCAGGCUCCUCGGCGGAAGGCCGGGGCGGGCGCAGCCGCAUGCCGCCGGGGCCCGCCGGAGCCAUGAGCUCCCACCGCAGCGAGAGCGACUGGCAGGGGCUGGUGAGCGAGUAUCUGGUGUGCAAAAGGAAGCUCGAAAGUAAAAAGGAGGCAUUGCUAAUCCUUUCGAAAGAGCUGGACACCUGUCAACAAGAAAGAGACCAGUACAAGCUUAUGGCCAACCAGUUGCGGGAACGACACCAGUCUCUGAAAAAGAAGUAUCGGGAGCUGAUUGAUGGGGAUCCAUCCCUUCCGCCUGAAAAGAGGAAACAGGCAAAUCUUGCUCAGCUACUGAGUGAGGCGCAAGAUCGAAAUAAACAUCUUGGAGAAGAGAUUAGAGAGCUUCAACAGAGACUGGGAGAAGUACAAGGGGACAAUAAGCUCCUUCGAAUGACAAUAGCAAAGCAAAGACUUGGAGAUGAUGAAGUUGGGGCUCGCCACUUUGCAGCACAUGAACGGGAGGACCUUGUUCAACAAUUGGAGACAGCUCGAGAGCAAAUCGAGACUCUGAGAUACGAUCUUCAGGCUGCACUGGAUGAGUUACAGGAUGUGAAAGAGGAACGCUCUUUUUACCAAGAUAAGUCUGACAGACUAAACCAAGAACUUAAUCAUGUCUUAGGAGGGCAUGAAAACCGUAUCAUCGACGUAGAUGCUUUAUGUAUGGAGAACAGGUAUCUUCAAGAGAGAUUAAAACAACUUCAAGAGGAAGUCAACCUUCUUAAGUCUAAUAUUACUAAAUAUAAGAAUGCACUAGAGAGACGAAAAAAUUCAAAGACUCAUAGUAGAUCCAGUAGCAGUGCUCUGACUGGAGUCCUGUCUGCAAAGCAAGUCCAAGAGCUGUUGUCGGAGGAUCAUGGAUGUAGCCUACCAGCCACACCACAGUCCAUUUCAGAUCUCAAAUCACUGGCCACUGCAUUGCUGGAAACUAUCCAUGAAAAAAACAUGGUCAUACAACACCAAAGGCAAACCAACAAAAUUCUAGGGAAUCGAGUGGCAGAACUAGAAAAGAAAUUAAGAACUUUGGAAAUCGCUGGCUUGUGGAGUCUUCCAGGCCUGAGCUACAAUGUCUCAGUGGGAUUUGGGAGUGGAAAGGAUACCAUAACAUUCAGUGACCCAACCUUGCCUGUUAUACAGCAGUCCAGGUCACCGUUGUUAGCGUUUACUGAUAAGCCACAGAAAACUGAAGUACAAGCAGAACAGAAGGGAGAACAUGCUGAAACUUGUGCUGUUGCAAGUGCGUCCCUGGCUCCAGAGGGAACAAACUUAAAUAACAGAAACCAAACUAAACAUUUUUAUCCUUCAUUACCCCAACUACCUUCUGAGGAAGAAGAAAUAAACAAGCUUGGAAGUCAGAUAAUUAAGCUGACAGAGCAGGCAGUUGCAGAACUGGAAGGGAAAAGAGCAGGUACUUCUGCAGGGGAGCAGAAGAGGGUGGUUGGAGCAGAGCUUAAUGGUUCAUCUGAGGGAGAGUUCCCACUUUCCAGCCCUGACCCAUCCAACCCCACAGAUCCCUCAAACUCAGAGAGUGAACGAACAGCUGAAACUGAGGCCCUGAAAGACAAUGACGAAACCUCAGAGAGCGAUUGUGAAAUUCCAAAUGAAAGAGGGGAUCGAAAUAGCAGCACUGUGGAUGAGGUGCAUACUGAGGACCAUGGAAGGCAUGGAGGGCUCAGUGUUACAACUGCACACACAGAUAACAGCUUUGAGGAGCUCCCUGAAUCUGAAAACAAGAAACCAUCUGAUCCUGCUGAAAACUGUGAAUAUUUGGAUAACAGUUUGGCUUGAGCUCAUCUCAUGAAAAUGCAGGGAGUUAUUUCACCAGACACUGAGAACCCAAUUUAAUGAAGCUCUGAAGGAAACAUCAUCAGAGAAGCCAGAAGUCUUUCUGUGAGAAACGGCAAUGCUGUUCCAAAGCAAGGAGAACAGCAAGAGGAGAACCAGUGAUGCGCUGUCCACCUACUUGGCUCUCUCAGUUACUGGAAUUGCAUUCCUCAACUUACAGGAGCUGGAACAGCCCUCGGGCUGAGUAUCGGGUGGUAGAUUUCAGCCUACUCCAUCUGUGCCCUCCUUUUUAAAGGAAUCUCUGUCUUUUUUUAUUUUCUUAUGUUUUGGAAUUAAGGAUAACUGUUCCUUUCCUCCUCAUUUCACCAGUCUGUGGUGUGGUAGAAGGUUUAUUUGCAUUGUUGCCGCUUUCUUAAACUUCUUCCCUUGUUGAUGUUUAGUCAUAGGAAAACACUCCUAUAAUAACUGGGGAAAAGGGAGGCUGCUGUGUCAUUCCCUAGCUCGCUCCUAAUGCUGGAGCUGUGCCACUCUGCUCCUAGGAAGGCAGCAACAAGGGAAUACUUCAUGUUGAAGUUAGCAGCUGUUGGAGAAGGAGAGGCAUGUCUUUGCUCUCCUGUUUGUAGCAUAAGGAAUAGUCUCUGCAGCUGCGGAGCUUCUAUGGGCCAGCAGCCGUCAAGGCAAUUUUUCUGCUGGCUUGGGACCUAAUUGUCUGUAAAUGUUCAUUUCUCACUCCUAGAACUUGAAACCAAUCAGAGAGAAUUAAACCAAAUUUAAUAAAAUACUACUAAUAAAAAGGAAAAUCCCUCCCAGAUUGAGUCCUUCUUUGACAAAUAACUGCCAGCUGCAAAUUUUUACAGCCCACUUGUCAGCUACUGAAUAAACAGAGUUUAUAUUAGCAAUACUGACAAACUCUUCUGUAUAUGGAAGAUGAGCUAGCAGGUGCUGCCAUAAUCAAGGUGUCAGAGUCCAUGAACAGUUUGUAUUCGGCAGAAGAAAAGCUACAUGUAAAUUAUUACAUAUAAAUAUAAGGAAUGAUAGUGGGAAGGUGAAAAAUGUGGCUUGUCUCUGUUCUCGUGUUUUCCCUAGCAGGUGCAUUUGUGUAACCCUUUCCGUGUCUGUCUGCAGGCAAUAAAGCCAUGCUCACACUGC